UCUCUUUAUUUAUCAUCCCCCAACCAAAGCCUGCAUCUCUCUUUCACUUUGAAAACCUUUCUCUCUCUCUCUCCGGUUUGACCCGAUAAGUUCUCCACCAGAGACGCACCAAUCUCUCUCUCUCUUCGUAGAUCUGUUUCGUUUCCUGACGUCAUCAUCUGAGAUCGGAGCCUCUCGUUCUCAGAUCCAUUCGAUUUCUAUGCUCUGCUCCCAGAUCCGUCUCGAUUCUCGUAAUUACAAUGGCGGAGACUCUCAAAAAAGAAGACUCAAUCACGAUUCGAGAGGUCUGGAACGACAACCUCCUCGAGGAAUUCGCCCUAAUCCGUGAGAUCGUCGACACGUUCACCUACAUCGCCAUGGACACGGAGUUCCCCGGAGUCGUCCUCAAGCCCGUCGAGACCUUCAAGCACAACAGCGACCUCAACUACCGCACCCUCAAGGAGAACGUCGACCUCCUCAAACUCAUCCAAGUCGGCCUCACCUUCUCCGACGCCGACGGCAACCUCCCCACCCCCGCCCCCGACGGCAAGCCCUGCGUCUGGCAGUUCAACUUCCGCGAGUUCGACAUCGGAGAAGACAUCUACGCGAGCGAGUCCAUCGAGCUCCUCCGCCAGUGCGGGAUCGAUUUCAAGAAGAACGUCGAGAGAGGGAUCGACGUGGCUCGGUUCGGUGAGCUCAUGAUGUCUUCCGGGAUCGUCCUGAACGAUUCCAUCUCGUGGGUGACGUUCCACGGCGGUUACGAUUUCGGUUACUUGGUUAAGCUGCUGACGUGUAAAGAGCUGCCGAUGAAGCAGGCGGAUUUCUUCAAGCUGUUGUAUGUGUAUUUCCCAACGGUGUACGAUAUCAAGCACUUGAUGACGUUCUGUAAUGGGCUGUUUGGUGGGCUGAACAGGCUUGCUGAGCUUAUGGGGGUGGAGAGAGUUGGGGUUUGUCAUCAGGCGGGGUCGGAUAGCUUGCUUACGUUGGGGUCGUUUAGGAAGCUCAAGGAGCGUUAUUUCACUGGGUCGACUGAGAGAUACACUGGUGUUCUGUAUGGUCUAGGUGUGGAAGAUGGUGGUGGUGGUGUUACUAAUGUUGCUAAUUAAGAGGGAAAUAAUAAUAAUAAAGGUUAAUUAUUAUUGAGGGGAAGUGGAUUAUUAUUAGGUUUUUAGGAUUUGUGAGUGUGAAGAAGAAGAGACCAAUUAAAACUUGUCUAUGUGUAAAUUGGCAAAAAUUGGUUUCAGUAAGUGACUGUUGUGUCUUUGUUGUUCAUCUUUCAGGAAAAAAAAACCCUUUGAUCAAGUGAGGGGUUGAGUUUAUGAAUGUAUAUCAAUUCAGCUACCCUUUUUAUUAAUAAAUAAUCUCCAAGUUAUAAUUUUA